UCCGUGCUGACCCAAAAUCCUGGACCCCUAAGUGACAAGGCUGCCUGGGUCCAAGGGGCUACUGGAGGAAAGCGGUAUCGCUGGACCACGGAUCGCAAAGUACAUCUAGCUACCGGUAAGGUCACCCACUCUUUCCUCCAUGUACCAGACUGCCCCUAUCCUCUGCUAGGAAGAGACUUGCUGACUAAACUAAAAGCCCAAAUCCACUUCGAGGGAUCAGGAGCUCAGGUUAUGGGACCAAUGGGACUGCCCCUGCAAGUGCUGACCCUAAACAUAGAAGAUGAGUAUCGGCUACAUGAGACCUCAAAAGAGCCGGAUGUUUCUCUAGGGUCCACCUGGCUUUCUGAUUUUCCCCAGGUCUGGGCGGAAACCGGGGGCAUGGGACUGGCAGUUCGCCAAGCUCCUCUGAUCAUACCUCUGAAGGCAACCUCUACCCCCGUGUCCAUAAAACAAUACCCCAUGUCACAAGAAGCCAGACUGGGGAUCAAGCCCCACAUACAGAGACUGUUGGACCAGGGAAUACUGGUACCCUGCCAGUCCCCCUGGAACACGCCCCUGCUACCCGUUAAGAAACCAGGGACUAAUGAUUAUAGGCCUGUCCAGGAUCUGAGAGAAGUCAACAAGCGGGUGGAAGACAUCCACCCCACCGUGCCCAACCCUUACAACCUCUUGAGCGGGCUCCCACCGUCCCACCAGUGGUACACUGUGCUUGAUUUAAAGGAUGCCUUUUUCUGCCUGAGACUCCACCCCACCAGUCAGCCUCUCUUCGCCUUUGAGUGGAGAGAUCCAGAGAUGGGAAUCUCAGGACAAUUGACCUGGACCAGACUCCCACAGGGUUUCAAAAACAGUCCCACCCUGUUUGAUGAGGCACUGCACAGAGACCUAGCAGACUUCCGGAUCCAGCACCCAGACUUGAUCCUGCUACAGUACGUGGAUGACUUACUGCUGGCCGCCACUUCUGAGCUCGACUGCCAACAAGAGCCUCACCAUGACUGCCUCGAGAUCUUGGCCGAGACACACGGAACCAGACCAGACCUCACGGACCAGCCCCUCCCAGACGCCGACCACACCUGGUAUACAGAUGGAAGCAGCUUCCUGCAAGAGGGACAACGUAGGGCUGGAGCAGCGGUGACCACCGAGACCGAGGUAAUCUGGGCCAAGGCGUUGCCAGCCGGGACAUCCGCCCAGCGAGCUGAACUAAUAGCACUCACCCAGGCCCUAAAGAUGGCAGAAGCUCACUUACAGGCCCUCCAAGCAGUACAACGAGAGGUCUGGAAGCCACUGGCCGCUGCCUAUCAGGACCAGCUGGACCAGCCAGUGAUACCACACCCCUUCCGUGUCGGCGACACCGUGUGGGUACGCCGGCACCAGACUAAGAACUUGGAACCUCGCUGGAAAGGACCCUACACCGUCCUGCUGACCACCCCCACCGCUCUCAAAGUAAAAUUGUUCGAAUCAGGACAAGGGUGGUUUGAGGGACUGUUUAACAGGUCCCCAUGGUUCACGACCUUAAUAUCUACCAUUAUGGGCCCCUUGAUAAUACUUUUAUUAAUCCUACUCUUCGGACCCUGUAUUCUCAACCGCUUGGUCCAGUUUGUAAAAGACAGAAUUUCGGUAGUGCAGGCCCUGGUUUUGACCCAACAGUAUCACCAACUCAAAUCAAUAGAUCCAGAAGAAGUGGAAUCACGUGAAUAAAAGAUUUUAUUCAGUUUCCAGAAAGAGGGGGGAAUGAAAGACCCCACCAUCAGGCUUAGCAAGCUAGCUGCAGUAACGCCAUUUUGCAAGGCAUGAAAAAGUACCAGAGCUGAGUUCUCAAAAGUUACAAGAAAGUUCAGUUAAAGAUUAACAGUUAAAGAUUAAGGCUGAAUAAUACUGGGACAGGGGCCAAAUAUCGGUGGUCAAGCACCUGGGCCCCGGCUCAGGGCCAAGAACAGAUGGCUCUCAGACGUCAGUGUUAGCAGAACUAGCUUCACUGAUUUAGAAAAAUAGAGGUGCACAGUGCUCUGGCCACUCCUUGAACCUGUGUGUCUGCCAAUGUUCUGACCAGGUGUGUGCCCAUUGUUGAACCUUCAUUAGACCCUUUCCUCGUACCCCUCCCAUACCCAUUUCUUGAAAAUAGACAUUGUUUAGAACUAAAAAGUCCCACCUCAGUUUCCCCAAAUGACCGAGAAAUACCCCAAGCCUUAUUCGAACUAACCAACCAGCUCGCUUCUCGCUUCUGUAACCGCGCUUUUUGCUCCCCAGCCCCAGCCCUAUAAAAAGGGUAAAAACUCCACACUCGGCGCGCCAGUCCUCCGAUAGACUGCGUCGCCCGGGUACCCGUGCUCCCAAUAAAGCCUCUUGCUGUUUGCAUCCGAAUCGUGGUCUCGCUGGUCCUUGAGAGGGUCUCCUCAGAUUGAUUGACUACCCACGUCGGGGGUCUUUCA